UCCCUUGUUGAUCCAAUUUGCUAGCUAUGCUGAUAGCGCCGAGAUAAAUCCCAGUUUGUCGACUCAGACUCUAAAUCUAAAUCUACUUAGUUACAAGCUAGUUACAUCAUUUUUUGUGAAUUGCACGCUUACUUCUUCAUCCUGAACGUGUGUUCUUAGUCAUAUUAAUCUCAGCUCAACUUCUAAUAUGCCGAGAGCUGGUAAAAGGAUCUUGCACAAAGGGCGCAAUAGGCGAUUCACCAAUCCGGAAGAAUUAGAAGAAGAAAGAAAGCGAGAGGAGAAGAAAAGACAGUGGAGGGCAACACAUGGUGGAGAGUCCACAGACGAAGAGGAAGAAGCUGCCGGCGGUGAUGACAAGUCAGAAGAAUCCGGAUCUGAAUCAGAGUCGGAAACUGAUAGUGAUGAAGAAGUUCAAUCCAAAGCCAAAGGAGUUGAAAAUCUAAUAGAAAUAGAAAAUCCAAAUAGGGUUCAGAAGAAAACUAAGAAGUUAUCCAAAUUGAAUGAAUCUUUGGCUGAUAGUUCCUCGUCAAAACCGGAGCUGUCCAGAAGGGAAAGGGAAGAGUUGGAAAAGCAAAGAGCUGCUGCCCACUAUCAGCGACUACAUGCUGAAGGCAAAACAGAAGAGGCUCGUCAAGAUCUUGCUCGUUUAGCUAUCAUCAAGCAACAGCGUGAAGAAGCGGCACGAAAACGGGAGGAGGAAAAAAAGCUGAAAGAAGCAGCAAAACAGGCUAAAACUGCAGCAGUAAACAAAGCUAUUGGGAAAAGAGCUUGAUAAAACCCUCAUGAUGACCUAUGCAUUUUAAUUAGUUAAGUCUCUUUUCAUCUGAUUCAAAAAUUGAGGAAGAAGGAAAAAAUCUCACAUUUUUUCGAUGUAUCUGCCAUGUCAACCACCAGAUUUCUAGUUCAUUUACCUACCUAUAACUCAUUACACCGAUGUCUCUGCAUGAUUAUUAAAUCCCACGUGUACAUUAAUUAGCAGGACAGUAUUCAACUCUAGCUUUUGUCAGAAGUUUUAUAUUCUUUUUAUUAGUUUUUGUACAUUUAUUAUCUUGUUUUCAUGUAUGAAUACAUUAUUACUUGGGAGGUUCCUCUUAUUUUUGAACUUCUCUUAUAAGAUUUUUUAUUUUUGUCUGAAUUUUGGUGAAAAGAGCGAUCCUAUAUUACACACAGAAAUCAAUGUGUACUGCUCAUGUAAGAUGAGUAUCAUGAGUUGCUGAAAUGAUUUUCUUCUUCUUUUUUUUUCACUGAAAUAAAAUAAUCCCAACAAUCGUUCAGUUUGAACUUGAAUCAUGAGAAAUGAAUCAUUCCUCAAAUCAUCUUUUUAUAGGACACUUAAGACCAAAAUCUGAUGCAGCUUCCUUAAUUCCCCCUUUAUUAGGCUUCAAUGAGUUUUUCAGAGCACUGCUUUUAUUUAGCCACAAGCUAGAAAGUUGCGCCACUACCGUCCAUAAUUGGGUGUUCUUGUUAGAUAAUACUGACCUAGAGUGUCUACAGACCAAUUUAAUAUUGUUUCAUUGAAACCUCGAUUUUUUAAAGUUCUGACAUGUGCAUUUCUUUCCUUCGACCUCAGCAAGUUCAAAGUAUAUUCAACUUUUAUCCAAGUGUAACUAUUGUGAUCACUUGCACUAAUUUUAAAAACAAGGAAAAUUUCUACUCUAGUCAGUACUUCACACAAGCUCUGAAUAUUGUAAUUAUAAUUCAGCGCAAACUAUACAAUUUCUUAUUGAAGUAUUGCAAUCCUGCAUGAAUGCUAAAGAACUUGGAAUUUUGGCAUGGCAUUUUUUUCAUCUCACCUAGUUUCUGUAAUGUUCUCAAAGUAAAAUUUGAAUCUUUUUGAAAGGGGACAAAAGUCUUCAAUUGUCAGUAAAUUAUUCUAAUCCCUGUAUAUGUCAUCAGCAUAACAAGAGGAAAGAUGUUCUUCUUAUAGGAGCUUGUAAAAUCCUGAUGAAACUAGCUUUUUAUUAGCUUCGAUUAUCUUGAAACCCUAAAUUUUUCUAUUUCCAAUAUAGAAUAAUUUGUUUUGUAAUCUAAUCCUCUGUUCGGUUUUUUUCCUCUUUUUCCUGUAAUGAGUUCUGCUAUGGCUCACUUUCGUAUGAGUGAAAUUGAUUGUUUGUUUCUUUAUUAAAUUUUUCUAUCAAUGAGAA